AGUUUAAAACUGACCCUGUUCCUUAACGGUGAAGCGUGCGAGAUGUUAUCUGCAUGUUAUAAACAACUAACAAAACAAACUGGAACGUCUUGGAUUACAGUCUCGCUGCGAUACAGGUUUUUAUUUGGCUUUUACGCGUGUAGUGUGAUCUUGGACACAACACUGCCUGGAGGUCAUGGCUGAGUCGGUGAGCUCGAGCCAGCAGAACUGUACCCCGAGUACCCCGAGUCGCCACGAGAAAAGUUUGGGGCUCCUCACGACCAAGUUUGUAACAUUAUUGCAAGAGGCAAAGGAUGGAGUGCUCGAUCUUAAACUGGCAGCUGACAGUCUUGCUGUCAGACAGAAAAGAAGAAUAUAUGACAUUACCAAUGUGCUUGAGGGAAUCGGCUUAAUUGAGAAGAAAACGAAGAACAGCAUUCAAUGGAAUGGUGUGAGUGUAGGCUGCAAUACCAAAGAAGUUUUAGACCAACUCCAACAUUUAAAGGCACAGAUUGAAGAAUUGGAGGUGAAGGAGAAAGAUCUGGAUCAGCAGAAAAUCUGGCUUCAGCAAAGUAUAAAGAACGUGUCUGAUGACCCAACAAACAGCAGGUUUGCAUAUGUUACACAUGAUGAUAUUUGCAAUUGUUUCAGUGGUGAUACACUCCUGGCAAUUCUGGCUCCUUCAGGUACACAGUUGGAGGUACCAGUACCUGAAUUGGGGCAAAAUGGACAUAAGAAAUAUCAGGUGAAUUUAAGAAGCCACUCUGGACCUAUCCAAGUGAUUUUAAUGAACAGAGAGUCCAGUUUAUCGAAGCCGGUGGUAUUCUCAGUUCCGCCACCUGAUGACCUGUCGGUAAUGCCUACUCCACCAGCCACCCCUGCAACUCCCCAGAAGUCACCUCCAGCUCGGCAUCUGCCAGAACAGGCCUCCUUGUUGGAAUCACACAUACCACAUACAUCCACAGCAGAGAUGCAGUCUGACUGUGGCUUAUUACAGUCCAGUACUCUUCAAACUACCCAAUAUUCAGAAGACCCUGACCUCUUGUCUGGCACAGGCAUUGAAAUGGAAAAUAAUAAUCACUCAAUCAACAAUGCCAAUGGUUUUCAGUCUCUGCUUCCCCUGGAUGUUAACAGCAUUCUUAAACUGAACACUGCUGAUCAGAUAAAGGAAGAAUCUGAAGGACCUAUUGUUGCAGAUUUGAUGGAUGAAUUGAUGUCUUCUGAUGUUUUCCCCUUGCUUCGACUGUCCCCAACACCUGGUGUUGAUUACAACUUUAAUCUGGAUGACAAUGAAGGAGUCUGUGAUCUCUUCGAUGUACAAAUUCUAAAUUAUUAGUUGAUGUUGCAACAUGUUUGAAUGAUCAUGACUACCUCCUGCAAUCAUACCUUGAGUCUUAACUAUACUAAACUAAUCUGUAAUGUAAGGAUGAUAUUUAUGUUUUUCAGUUGUAAUUGCUAUGUUUAUGGCGUGUUUUGUUUUUGCCAGACAUGAAACUUAAGAGUAAUCUCAUUUAGUUAACAGAUUUAUAUUGAAAUUAUUUCAGUUAAAUACUUUUCAGUGAUGCAUUAUGUUCAUAGUUGGUGGUGCUCACUCCAAAGUACAGAAAUGGUUAUUUUUUAAAUAGGCAUUAUACCAGAAUAACAUGAAUGGAUAUUUUGUUCAAAUUAUUUUGUAUAUGAAGUUACAUGCACGUUCUUUAUUGGAACAAAAAAAAAACGAAAGUUACUGCCAAGGAACAACAUUUUAGUGUUUCAGGUUCUUGUUGAAUGUAGUUUUUGUUACUGCCAUUCCCUAAAGUGUUUUUUUUCUUUGUGUAUAUAUAAUAACAUUUUAGUGUAGUGACUUUUGUCACAGAACUUUGGUUUUUAAAAAAACUUUCCUGGAUUGGCAGAAAAGCUUACAAAGACUUUAUUUGUAGUUACAGGUUGCUUUUUUUGUACAGACUGAAAACUGACUCUUUUUUGCACAUUUGUUUUAAUUUUUUUUUUAAUUGGACCAAAGUUUGGAACAAAUGUGCAUAAAAUAAAUCCUAUGUCUCUGA